GAUGGUGUAUGUGAUCUUGCUGUCGGCUCUGGCCGGGGCUGUGUGCGUUCUCCUGCUGCAGCUGCUGCUCAUUUACCGGAACAAAACCGAGCCGGUGCCCAGGACCGAGCAGUACGUCAAGCCAGUGGUCCAACCGGGGCUCAGGGACUACCUGAACGGGAGGGAGCGAGGAGAGACUUGGCCACCGACUUCUCUCCUUCACACGGGCAACAGCACCGGUCAGAGCACCGGCACUAGCGGCAGCGGCAACACUGGCACUAGCGGCGGCGGCGGCAAUGGCCCAGAAAGCUGCAACUUCCUCAACGCCAUCUUCCUGUUCCUUUUUCGGGAGCUCCGCGACACCCCUAUCGUGCGCCACUGGCUGACCAAGAAGAUCAAGGUGGAGCUGGAGGAGCUCCUGCAGACCAGGACCGCAGGCAGGUUGCUGGAGGGUCUCAGUCUCAGAGACAUCUCCCUGGGCAAUGCCCUGCCAGUCUUCAAGAGCGCCAAGCUCUUACCCCCUCCUCCCGCCACCUCCGCCUCUGCCGGCACCGAGCAAGGUGUCCCAGACCAACUGGACUUCCAGGUGGACCUAGAGUACAACGGAGGCUUCCACUUGGCCAUCGAUGUGGACCUGGUCUUCGGCAAGUCGGCCUAUCUGUUCGUGAAGAUGCGCAGGGUGGUGGGCAGGCUCCGCUUGCAGUUCACCCGCCUGCCCUUCACCCACUGGUCUUUUGCCUUCAUGGAGGAGCCCUUCAUGGACUUCGAGGUCAAGUCGCAGUUCGAGGGCCGUCCCAUGCCUCAGCUCACGUCCAUCAUCGUCAAUCAGCUCAAGAGGGUCAUUAAGAAGAAGCACACCUUGCCCAACUACAAGAUCAGGUACAAACCGUUCUUUCCAUUCCAGGUGCUUCCAACAGCUGGCUCAGCGAACUGUGAACUUUAUGCCCAAGACUCGAGCCUAGUUGAAGGACGUCUGAAAGUCACGGUGGUGGAAUGUAGCAGGUUAUUUAUCCUGGGAUCCUAUGAACGAAGUUUACCCAUCCAUUGUACGCUGGAGUUGAGCACCAGUGUGUGGAAAGAGAAAUCCAGAAGCUCCAUAAAAACGGUGGAACUGAUAAAGGGAAAUUCCCAAAGUGUGGGCUUGACUUUCCGCCACGUCCAGGGUACUGAUGGGGACCCGGUGCACGUCAACGUGGAAUCCGUGACACCCAACUCACCGGCUGCGGCCGCUGACCUUCAGAGGGGAGACCGGCUUAUUGCCAUUGGGGGAGUUAAAGUGACAUCUUCCCCACAAGUUUUUAAGCUCAUAAAACAAGCUGGUGACAAGAUAUUGUUUGUUUACGAGAGACCGGUUGGCAGACACCAGAAUCCGCACUGCGGCUCACUCCAAGAGAACUUCGAGGACAGUGGAUUUGGUUCACAAUUUGGUCAGCCGGUUGUUGACGAUGACAAUACUUUAGACGGUGGCGACAACAGGGAUUUAUAUUCCGACUUUGAAGAACUGGUCUGUCCCGAAAUAAAACUACAGCCCGCAGAGUUGAAGGAGGAUUUGACCCAAAUCAACCACAGCCCAAAGCGUUCCGUAACUGCACUUGCCACAAAGCCAAUGGGAACCAUAUCCCCGAUUCUGAAUCGCAAGUUGAACUUGGGCAAUUAUCCGAUCCCAUUGAAAUCGCAACUGAAAGACACAACAAAACCUUCCCAACUAAAGGGUCCAGAAACUACUGACGUGACACAGCAGCCAAAUAAGGUAACGCUGGGUUCUACCAACAAGCCACCUGUGCCACCGAGACCCCAAAUCAAGGUGACCUUGGCUUCCUCAGAAACCCAAUACUUGGUCGAAACAGCAGAGAUAGCCACCGAAAGGCUGGACAAGCCCCUGCCCUUGACCAACAACGUGGAGAAAACCGCGGAGAAAGGCUUAGGCAGAGGCGCGGAGCAAAGCGAAGACCCGCCAGUGUCCAAACCGCCCGUGGCCAAGCAGGAGAGCAAGGAGCGAGUUCCGGAAGCUUCCUGCGGCAGCGCGCGCGAAGUGACCGAGGGUAGCCACACCUGGGAAUCCUCGGAAACCCUGUACAAGAAGAAGAACGGGAAAUGGAGCAAGGCUUCUUGCAUCUUUGAGGUGGAAGGACAGCACAAGUAUCUCAACGUGGCCCUGUGGUGCAGAGAGCCUUUCAAAGUAGGUGACCUCCUCUGCCUGGGUCACGCCAGCAUUAAACUGGAAGAGAUCGCCAUGGAGUGCCUGGCGACAGCCUCGAUGGAGUUUCAGAGCAAUUUCAGGCUGAACGCGCCCGAGCCACGCGCUGUGGGCAGUAGGACUGCCCUGCGCAACCUGAGCACCCACAAGGGCUUCAACGAGAAACUGUGCUACGGGGACCUGACGUUAAACUUUACGUAUCUGCAGGAGGGUGACUCGGAGAACUCCAGCGUUGCGGUGGAAAACGAGAAGGAGGACAUUCCGCCGGAGGAGGUCUCCGCGGUCAGUAAGGAGGAGGCUAACCUCUGGUCGAUGUUGAGCACGGACAACAAGCACAAUUUCCAGGACACUCAGUUUCAGAAUCCCACCUGGUGUGAGUACUGCAAGAAGAAGGUGUGGACCAAAGCAGCAUCCAAGUGCAUGAUCUGUUCGUACGUUUGCCACAAGAAAUGCCAGGACAAGUGUCUGGCUGAAACCCCUUUCUGUGUCACCACGGAGAGGCGGAGCGACCUGGAAGCUAAAACGUCGUUUAACAGGACGGGGUUAACCCGGCACCUCAUCAAUACCAAGACCCGCCUGAUGAACCUCACGCAAGGGCCCCGGACCCGCCUGGCCGAGCCGGGGGUGCCCGAUCUGGCCGAGCCCUCACCCAAGCACACGCCCAACACCUCGGACAACGAAAGCAGCGACACGGAAACGUACAGCGGCAGCAGCCCUUCCAAACGUCAGUCCUCCUCCUCCUCUGCCUCCGCCUCCACCUCCACCUCCUCCUCUUCCUCCAACACGGGCACGAAGCUGUCCGUCAAGAAGGAAGGAGGCCUCGACGACAGCGUCUUCAUCGCCGUGAAGGAGAUCGGGCGAGAUCUGUACCGAGGGCUGCCCACGGAUGAACGGUUUCAGAAACUGGAGCUGAUGUUGGACAAGCUGCAGCACGAGAUCGAUCAGGAACUGGAACACAACAACGCUCUGGUCAAGGAGGAGAAGGAGACGAGCGACCCAAGGAAGAGGUUGCUGCUGGCCGCCUCUCUCUCCAAAUCAGGGGAGCGGUUGCAGGCCUUGACACUACUCACAAUUCACUACAAGGCAGGGGUUGAGGACCUCGAAUCAAACGAGAACGCUUCGGCUUCGGAACAGCAAGGAAGGAAGGCGGUGAAGUUUUCGGACGAGACCGCCUACCCCACGACAGCGGAUGACAGUGACGUGGCCGGCCACACAGACUUGCAGUCCUUCGCCGAAGUAACAACCGAGCAGUUGAUCGACGGCACCGAAUCCCUUUCGUAACUUUAGUUCAAGUUCCGGAUAGGAAGGUCGCGCACCAUAGCCACCGUUUUCUUUUCUCUCUUCCUUUUUUUUAAAAAAAACAAAAAUUGGCUUCCGCUUCUGUGCAAUAAUGCUGCUGUUACUCUGUCUCGUGUAAUUGGACUUUUAAUGUGUCUAUAGCCUCAUUAAGCCAAUGCGGCCUCUUUCGUUUUAUGCUCACCUCCCCCCCCCCCCCCGCUCCCCCACUCUCCCGCCACUCCCCGAAACAAGAUUGUGUGCCACAGGAUAGCAUUAAGCGAAACCUAUUUAACUCACUGCUGGCAUUGUAGCACUCCGCAAGCAAGUUCCUUGUACGUUGGAAAAGUGGGUUCAAGCUAUGUCAUGGGUCCAGGGUUUAGAAUCGCAAUCAUGUCAUAAUUUAUAAUUAAGUUCACCAUUUGUGUUUUAUCGCAUAGCCAUUUUUUUUUUUUUUGCCAAACGUGUAUCAAAAUAGCAAACUGUGGGUGGUGGGCUUGUUGCGUCUAUUAAAAAGUAUUUUAGUACAAGCUGAGUUUGUUACUGUAUAUCUGGUAAAAAGUUUCUCCGAUGUCGAUAUUUAUAAUUUAAAGAAAAUGACUACUGUGGAAUGCAGGGAACAAAAAAUGACCUGUGCAAAUCACCUUUAAAGCAAUUGUAAUAAUGCUUAUGAUAAAGAUGUGGCUAUUUAAUUCAUAUUUAAAAUGAUACAUUAAACAGUGAAGCCAUUCCGCUGCUGGGUUUAACACAGCUAACGUGACUUCACGGAACUAUAACGCAGAUAGAUUCAAACACUCACAUUGAUAAACCCGCUGCCCACUUUCACGUAAAGAGAAAACAAAGUUAAGUGAAGCGAGGGACGUCUUUUCUGAAAUGGGCUUGAGUUGAUUUGAAAGGCACUGUUUCCUUUUUGUUUGUUAACUGGAUCUCGAUCUCUUAUCACUUUUAUUUUUUUAAAAUCUCAACGUAAAAACAGAGGGUUGGAUAUUUAGAACGUCGACUGCACUGCCCAAUAAAACAUGAUGUCGCAA